CGUCCGUUUUGCGGAGCGUGUGUGUGUGCAAGUGUGUAGUGUGUGUGUGUGUGCGUCCCUUUUAUUAUUUGUUGUGUUGUGGUGGAAAAAAAAAAUAGGUGCGGAGAAAAUGUUGCUGUUCUACAGGGAAAUUCGUUAAAAAAAAGAAAAGAAAAUAAAAGUGUCUGUGUUUGUGUGCAUUUUUUUUUGGAUAUAACGAGUUGGUAAUGUUGGCAGCAGCCCUGUGAAAAAUCGGUGGAAAACCUGUUGCAGAUUAUGGUCGAGGCGUACCAGGCGUUACACAAUCCGUGCGAAAACCGAAAUUGUUGGGACCCUCGUUUUUUCUCGCACGCAAAAACGCCGAUUUCGGAAGUGCCUGUCGUUUAGUAAUCGUUUUUUUUUUGUUGUUGUUGUUGUUAUUAAGUGUAUAAAUCGAAUUUUGACCUUUGACUCGGUUUCGCAAUGACUUCGCGACGUAAAAAGAAGCAGCAAGAGAGCGGAGGGGGCUUCAUUAAGAAGGUCUCGUCCCUCUUCAAUUUGGAUACGGCUCACUCGCCGCUCCUGGGCUCCGGAGACACCAAACCUAUUAACGGUGACGAUGAAUGGGAGUACGAAGAGAUCGUGUUGGAACGCGGAGGUGCCGGGCUCGGUUUCAGCAUCGCCGGAGGCACGGACAAUCCUCACAUCGGCGACGAUACCGCCAUCUACAUCACGAAGCUGAUACCAGGUGGAGCGGCGUCGACGGACGGUCGUCUUCAAGUGAACGAUUCGAUCCUCCAGGUCAACGAUGUGCCCGUUGUGGACGUUCCACACGCGACCGCCGUUGACGCCCUCAAGAAGGCAGGAAACACCGUGAAACUGUGCGUGCGACGACGGAGGCUUCCGGCGAGCUUACGUCUGCUCGAGAUUGAGCUGAUCAAGGGCAACAAGGGUCUAGGAUUCAGCAUCGCCGGAGGAAUUGGUAAUCAGCACAUCCCCGGCGACAACGGCAUCUACGUGACUAAGGUCAUGGACGGCGGUGCUGCCCAGGUUGACGGUCGUCUGAUGGUCGGAGACAAACUCGUCGCAAUCAGAGAUUCAGCGCGGGGUGAGGUGAAUUUGGAGAACGUGAGCCACGAGGAUGCAGUCGCCACGCUGAAGGCGACGCAGGAAAGGGUGGUUUUGAUCGUCGCGAAGAGCCAGAGCGCUUACUCGGCCCCUCCGGCCUCCGAACCCUCAUACUCGCCGCAAUUAUCAUCAAAGUUGUCCCAUCCGUACGCUGAAUCGCUUCACUCAUCGUCGUUAGCGCUUCACCCCAUCACACCCAGAGCAGUUAGUCAGGAAGACAUCACACGGUAAGUCAAUUUAUUUAAUAGUUUCUCUU